AUUAACGGAAGGAAAGGUUUGAGAGACUUCUCAACGGAAGCGACGGUCGGGAUUCGUUUUUCCUUGUUGAAGCGGUCGUAGCACAUUGAUAAAAAAUGCAGAUCUUUGUCAAGACUCUGACUGGCAAGACCAUCACCCUGGAGGUGGAGCCCAGCGACACCAUUGAGAAUGUGAAAGCUAAGAUCCAGGACAAAGAAGGCAUUCCCCCUGACCAGCAGAGGCUGAUCUUUGCCGGAAAGCAGCUAGAAGAUGGCCGCACGCUCUCCGACUACAACAUCCAGAAAGAAUCCACCCUCCAUCUUGUGCUGCGUCUGAGGGGAGGCAUGCAGAUCUUUGUCAAGACACUGACCGGCAAGACCAUCACCCUGGAGGUGGAGCCCAGCGACACCAUUGAGAACGUGAAAGCUAAGAUCCAGGACAAAGAAGGCAUUCCCCCUGACCAGCAGAGGCUGAUCUUUGCCGGAAAGCAGCUGGAAGAUGGCCGCACGCUCUCCGACUACAACAUCCAGAAAGAAUCCACCCUCCAUCUUGUGCUGCGUCUGAGGGGAGGCAUGCAGAUCUUUGUCAAGACACUGACCGGCAAGACCAUCACCCUGGAGGUGGAGCCCAGCGACACCAUUGAGAAUGUGAAAGCUAAGAUCCAGGACAAAGAAGGCAUUCCCCCUGACCAGCAGAGGCUGAUCUUUGCCGGAAAGCAGCUAGAAGAUGGCCGCACGCUCUCAGACUACAACAUCCAGAAAGAAUCCACCCUCCAUCUUGUGCUGCGUCUGAGGGGAGGCAUGCAGAUCUUUGUCAAGACACUGACCGGCAAGACCAUCACCCUGGAGGUGGAGCCCAGCGACACCAUUGAGAACGUGAAAGCUAAGAUCCAGGACAAAGAAGGCAUUCCCCCUGACCAGCAGCGGCUGAUCUUUGCCGGAAAACAGCUGGAAGAUGGCCGCACGCUCUCCGACUACAACAUCCAGAAAGAAUCCACCCUCCAUCUUGUGCUGCGUCUGAGGGGAGGCAUGCAGAUCUUUGUCAAGACACUGACCGGCAAGACCAUCACCCUGGAGGUGGAGCCCAGCGACACCAUUGAGAACGUGAAAGCUAAGAUCCAGGACAAAGAAGGCAUUCCCCCUGACCAGCAGAGGCUGAUCUUUGCCGGAAAGCAGCUGGAAGAUGGCCGCACGCUCUCAGACUACAACAUCCAGAAAGAAUCCACCCUCCAUCUUGUGCUGCGUCUGAGGGGAGGCAUGCAGAUCUUUGUCAAGACACUGACCGGCAAGACCAUCACCCUGGAGGUGGAGCCCAGCGACACCAUUGAGAACGUGAAAGCUAAGAUCCAGGACAAAGAAGGCAUUCCCCCUGACCAGCAGAGGCUGAUCUUUGCCGGAAAGCAGCUAGAAGAUGGCCGCACGCUCUCAGACUACAACAUCCAGAAAGAAUCCACCCUCCAUCUUGUGCUGCGUCUGAGGGGAGGCAUGCAGAUCUUUGUCAAGACACUGACCGGCAAGACCAUCACCCUGGAGGUGGAGCCCAGCGACACCAUUGAGAACGUGAAAGCUAAGAUCCAGGACAAAGAAGGCAUUCCCCCUGACCAGCAGAGGCUGAUCUUUGCCGGAAAGCAGCUAGAAGAUGGCCGCACGCUCUCAGACUACAACAUCCAGAAAGAAUCCACCCUCCACCUUGUGCUGCGUCUGAGAGGUGGCUUUUAGGUGUUAACGGAACUCUUUAUUUGCAAGUUGCCAAUAGCAUUUGUUUGCACUGUAGCUGUUUAAUGUCUUAAUAUUGUAAGGUAAAUAAAAGUUUUAAGUAACUGCUGGA